ACCGGAAAACACGCCACCGUUAUCUCGAGACAUCCAACGGUUCGCAUACCCCAUUUGUCGAGAGAAACCAUCGAGCCACCGGGAGCGGUGACCGGAUCCCGUGCGUCGUGGUCGCGGAGGAGGACAGGGGCGGAGAAUGCGAGACAAUCCCAGGCGGCCGCGCGUCUCGCCGGCGCUUGCCUUUCUCCUCUUCCCUGCCGUCCUCCUCGUCUCCGCCUCCGUGCGCUGCGCCGCCGCCACCGAUCUCGGGGCGAGAUGCAGCAGAUCAUGCGUCGCGGAGAGCUGCAACUCUGUAGGAAUUCGAUAUGGUAAGUUUUGCGGGGUGGGAUGGACCGGCUGCCCUGGGGAGAAGCCCUGCGAUGAGCUUGAUGCAUGUUGCAAGGCUCACGAUGAAUGUGUCGAGAAAAAAGGUUUGAUGAGUGUGAAAUGUCAUGAGAAGUUCAAGAGAUGCAUGAGGAAUGUGAAGAAGUCUGGGAAGGUUGGAUUUUCUAAGGAGUGUCCUUAUGACACAGCAAUGCCUACUAUGGUACAGGGGAUGGACAUGGCCAUCUUAUUUAGCCAGCUGGGUGGUCAGCAUACUGAAUUAUAGUUGCAGCUAAAAGAUGCUGCAGACAUGCACUUCUAUAUUUUACGAAGCAACAUCUCUUUCAUUGUUCACAAUUAUAUUUUCUGGAGAAAUGAUCUGUAUCCACACCAACCAUUAUUGCUGCCAAAGAUUCUGAACCUGCCAACUGUGGAUCUGCUGGACAUCAAGAUGAUGAUAGCAACUCCUAAAUCCCCCUCUGGUGCCCAAGUCAUUCUACUUGUUAGAAGAUCAUUUGCUUUUGCAAUUCAGAAUGUGAAACCUUGGACGUAAUCAUUGUUCAUGGAACAUUACAUUGUCUUUUAAUUCUGAUGACAUUUUUUUUCUUGUGAAGUGAUCUAAAGAUGAAUUCAAUGAAAUCAAGAAUUUGUUUUUGGGCUUUGCAGAA